AUGACUAGACCCCGCUCCCCCACACAAUCCGAGAUCGAACACAUCCUCUACUCAAACGAUAUUGACUUCGCCAACUUCAUCGACUACCACUUCGGUCUCUCCCCCACACUUCAAGGCGAAGUGCGGGUCGGAGCCGAAUACACUGCUGGCAAUGGCAACACCACACCAACUCCACCACCAUCUGAUACCUCCGACACCUCCACUGACACCUGGGUCGACCGAUUGAUCUACAUGUACUAUCACCCUGUGGGGCAAAUCUGGCUGCCAUAUCCUCCCGAGGGAGUGCCGCGGGCAGAGGAUCUGCAUGCCGUUGAGGAAGACAGACAAGGUAAGGAGGUAGUUGGGAGUUCGAAGAACUUUUUAGAUAGACUGGUGGACUUGGGGAUUCGGACUCUGGUGAGUGUUAAGAGGCGGAGGAUUGAGACGAGGGAAGAAAGUGCGGGAAAGCCGAAGAGGGUCGGGAGGAAGUUGACGAAGAAGAGACCGGUCGAUGGCGAGGAGAAGAGGGCAGGGAGGAAGUUGACAAAGAGUAGGCCAGAGGGUGAGGACGGGAGAACGAUGUGA